UUUUGCUUUACCUAAUCAAGAUCACAACUGCUGGCAAAUAUAUAGUACAGAGACUAGGCACAAUUUUAGUUGACCAUUUCCUUAAUCUUUCUACUCCAAGAGACGCGGGUAUCCUUAGCAUAUUCUUUCAGGUACUGCUAAAGUAAUAUAGAUAGUAUCGGCCAUCAUCGUUUAUUAUUGGAGACUUGAAACAAAUUGAAGGCGAAUAAGCAAUUUCUCUUCGAAUUGAAUUGCUAUAUAUCUGGUUUUUUUUGUCGCCUUAUCCUAUUCAGGAACAAUAGAAUUAUUUAAUUUAAUAAUCUGCGUUAUUAAUUUACAUUUUCAUCAAUAUGCAAUCGUCAACUUUGGUUUUGACUUCCCCUAGUUUUGCAUCGUCUGAACAGGAAUUAAAGCAUGUCUUAAGUCUCAUUGAUCCCAAUAGUGAACGGGAAUUGCAAAUGAUUGACCGUGUUCAGUCAAAUUUAGUGACCUUACCGGUGAACAAGUACAUUUCCGUGAUUGUUGCUUUGGACACAGCCGACUGGUCAUCUGUGUUGACUCCUAUUUUUCCUCAAGUGUUUGCUUGCGUUCAGCCAGGUGGCAAUUUACGCGUGCAUUCAUCUGUUGGUAACAAUGACGGAUCUUUCGAAAUGACGGCUUUAAUGGCUGGUUGGAUGAUUGAGUCCAAGGACCCAUGGAUACUGUCUCGCCCUGCUCAAGUGGAGGCUGUACCCAUUAAACUAAACCGCUCUAAGGAUGGAACAUCGAAAGAAACUACAAAGCCAUUGGAUUUUUCAAAGUCUGAUAAACAGGCUGCUUUAUCCUCAAUUAAAGAUGGAGAAGACGAAGAAGAUCAGGACGUCAUUGACGAGGACGAGCUCAUUGAUGAAGCUGAUCGUACUGGUGACAAUGUCCUUCGCCCGCCAGAAUGCAAGCCUGCCCCUAACAAGAAGAAGCGUGCUUGCAAGAACUGCACUUGCGGUUUACGUGAAAUGGAACAAAAGGAAUCUUCAAAGGCAUCAGCUCAAUUGGAAACCGUAAAACUGAACGAUACCAGCGAGAUUGACUUUACCGAAAAGUUAAAGAGCAAGAAUGCUGUCUCUAGUUGCGGAAAUUGCUAUCUGGGCGAUGCUUUCCGCUGCAGUGGCUGUCCGUACAUUGGUCUUCCGGCUUUCAAUCCCGGUGACCCAAUUGUUUUGGCGGAAAACCGCGAUAAGAUGUCUUGGAUGGCUGACGACCUUUAAAAUUUCGAUCAAGAAUGACUAUAGAAACUUAUCUCGUGAAAGUUUUCAUAUGUACAUGUAGUUUAGUAUAUUCCUCCCCUUCCUGUCUUUGUUUUACCUCUUAAUUUAUGAUUCAGUCGCAUUCUUUUUUGGUCAGGUGCUGUUAUUUUUAUUUAAACUGGUUUAAGUAAAGGUGUUACAAUCGAAAAAUAGAUUCAUUAGAUCGUAGUAUGAACCAUUAUAUCGAGAUAGCUUGAAGC